AAAUACUUCCAACAGUGGCAAGAAAUGAUCAAUCCCGGCGACGAUUCACACCCGAACCACCACCGACUGCGCCAUUCUGAUUACAAAGUACCUCGCGAUCGAAUUAAUGUUGCGCGCGUCCAACUUAACCUCGAACGAGCUUCAACGUUCAUUCAUUUGACCAGGAGUAACAUCUGCGAUUCGCCGAGCUUGUGCGGUUUCACCGGUGCCUCGACAAUCGCUGGGACUUGCGACCCUCUGAAAGGCGCUGCCAUUAUAAAUGACGUUGGCCUACACACAGGAUACCGCAUCGCCCAUCACAUCGGACACACAUUAGGCAUGUCGCACGACGUCCAAGAGGAGAACGACUGUCCAGGCAUUGUUCGUCACAGAAAAGGGUACAUCGAGACGACGGUCAUGCACCUAGGGAACACGUAUGUCACGAAAAGGUGGUCCAAGUGUUCGAGGAGUUCGUUGAAAUCGUAUAUCGAGUUUAGGAUUUUGCUUGGAAGACGAACAACGUGAUCAUCAGUUUCCCAAUACGAAUCUCCUUCCGGGGAUAAUGUAUACGACGCGGAUGACCAAUGUCGGAUGCAGUACGGGUCUGAAGCAAGCCACUGCGAGCUAGGCGUCUGGUGUUACGGAAUGAAAUGCCUAUUGGUCGGCAAGCGGCCAGGAGUUGUAGACGGUGGUUAGGGUAGCUGGUCACCUUGGAGUCGAUGUUCCCGAAGCUGCGGUUCCGGUGUGGCUUUCUCGUCAGACGGUGUAUCAAUCCUUCGCCAUCCAACGGCGAAACUUAUUGUCGCAGCAAUAGAAAACGUCAUAAAAUAUGC